AUGAGCACGGCGAACGGCGAGGAGUGCAAACUGAUGCACAGCUCCCCCAGCAAAAAGAAGGACCUAAGCAAUGGCGCAUGCCCAGCAAAGGAAAAAGAAGCGAGCAAAAGGAAACAGUCCUUCAACGACGUCGAACUUGAAAUUGAUGAUGACAUUAUCACCCACUUGUCUUCCCGCAUAUGCAACAAAAAUGUUACUCAUAAAAUACUCAAAAUUAACAAUUUAAUAGAUGACCAGAUGCAUGACUACAUCGCGAAUGGUCGAGCGUCAGAGAUAAGCGAAUCUAAUGAUGAGAGUGACGCCCACGAAGGUGUAGAAAGGGCACACUUAAAUUUACGUAAUGGUUAUGCGGGUUGCCAACAUGGGGAUGAAUCUUCCAGCAACACCAUUUCGAAUGAUCUCCCCGAAAGGAAGGCCAUCUCCUCAGAACAGGUGCCCACGUAUGAGCUUAACAAAGAGGUGCAAGGGAAAAGCAAAGCGAAAGGGAAAGGUAAGGGAAAAGGAGAGCUCCUUUCGGAUGACCCCCAUUUGGAAGAACCCCUUGCGGAGGGGCACACCCACUUUGACAGAAUAAAAAUGAUGAACCUGCUAGGCGAAAACACAAUUGUGUAUAACAGCCGGGAUGACCAGAACAACGUGCUCUUCCUGUGCUACGACGAAAAGAGCGAGCAGUGUGAUGUGUGCGAUAGGUACAGGAAAAAUUACAUGUCCAAUAUGCACCCCUCCAGUUGUGUUCCCCUGCGGGGGGGGGCAGCGAUGAAGGGGGAUGCCGCCAUCAACGGAAACGCCCCUAUCAAUGGGGUUGCCGCUACCAACGGGGCUGCCGCCAUCAACGGAACUGCCGCCAUCGACGCCCUGAGCGACUACUUCUUCGUGCUGGGGUCGACGUCCAACUCGAGGAAGUACAUCCUGAAGCAGAGCAGCCUGGACUUCCUCUCAGUGCGCAUACACAUCGAUGAGAAAAAAAUCGGGUGCAGGAAAAGCCACGACCCCCUCACCCUAACGGCCAACAUAGCAGUGGGGAAGGGGUUGAAGCUACUAAAUAUGAUUAAGACGGACAGUGAACUGAGCAAACAAAUUGCAGAACUAAGCAAAGGUAAAAAAGUGGUUCUAUUGGUGGGAGAUGAAGUCAUAUACUGCAAUAACAAAAUAUAUGAAAAGCCAAAAAAUGAAAAAGAAGCUUCCAACUUCCUCAAAUCCUAUAACAACAGCAAAUGCUACAGUUACAGUAGCAUCACCCUAAUCGAAUUAGAAACGGAAAAAAUUAUCACCGGAAUUGAUGAGUCCAUUAUUAACGUAUACGACAUGGACGACUCAGUGGUGAAGAAAAUCCUCGACGAUUCAUCCAUAUACUUUUGCGCAGGGGCAUUAAAAAUUGAAAAUACCCACAUGCACAGGUACAUAAAAGUGAUCAAAGGGAACAUCGACAGCAUCUUCGGCUUGUCUCUAAACCUUCUCUUUCACCUUGUCAACUUCCUGUGA